UGUCAAUAUGUCACUGUACUUCUAGGCCUGUGUAAUUGUAACUGUUAUUAUUAAUAUUAGUAAUAAAUUAAGACAUAAGCUGAUGUAUAAUUAUUGUUCACAACAGUCGUUGAAUACUGGUAUCUUAGGCAUUAGCUACUUGGGGAUGUAGAAGAAUUUAAUUUUUAAAAGAAAAAUAAGCGAUUAUAUUAAUCCAGGUAGCCUAAAGAAAGUAAAUACUAAUUAUAAGAUAAGUAAGUUAUUUCAUAAAAAACGAAACUAAUUUACUAAGUUAACUUACCUGAACUGCAGAUAUUGUUGGGUAGGAAUAUAUGUAUAACCUUCACUGUCAGUGAGAAACAAGUGUUGUAAAAUGACUGAAGAAAUUAACCCGGUAGUUAUAAAAAAAACUCAGGAUACUCUUGGAAAAGUGAUUAAAAAGCCUCCUUUGCAUGACAAGCUGCUAAAGAAGCCUCCAUUUAGAUUUAUUCAUGAUGUUAUUACAAAUGUGAUUAAGACUUCUGGGUUUCUGAAAGGCCUGUACACAGAAGAAGAAAUGGUAUCAGAUAAUGUCAAGGACAAGGAAAGCAAAAUGGAUUUUCUGCAGAAAACAAUUGACGUAGUUGUAAUGGUAACUGGAGAACCCUUGUCUGUCCGUCCAUCUAAAAUUGUUGCAGGUCAUGAAGCAGAAAAAACAAAUGAACUUCUGCAAGCUCUAGGAAAAGCAGUGAUUGACAAGGUGGUAUAUGAACAAAUACCCGGAUCUUCUGUUGUGCCAAUCAAAGCCCUUAGAUGUUAUAUGGCUCAUACAGAACCUUUCAGGGGCCAGAGGAAUUGGCUUUUUAUUCAUUUAGCCUAUUCGGGCUUAUCUGUUAACGAUUGCAAUAUGCUCCACGUCACUUCUCGCCAGAUUCGGCAUCUAUUGAUGUCAUUGGCUGCUCGUCUGAACUGUUCUCUGGAGGAUAUUUUGCAGGCUGAAAAAAGGAAAGAAAAAGAGUCAUCAGGGAAACGAGAAAAAGAAACCAAAGCACACAGAUCUUCAGAAAGAAUAUCAAAGUCAUCACCUAAGAAAAGCUCGGAGUCAACCAGGAGAGAAUCCCGUGUAAGGGAGUCUGCUAAAGAUUCCUCAAGAAAUAAAGAUACGGAUAAACACAAGGACAGGAUCAAAGAUAAGGAAAAAUCAAAAGAAAGAGUUAAAAGCUCCAAACCUGAAGAUCAGAAAAGUAAUUCAAAAGCUAGUGCACGGAGUGGAAGGGAAAGCUCUAGAGGUAGCCAUGAUCGCAGAAGUGCAGCUGUAUCUGGUCGUUCUCGUGGUAAAACACUUGCCAUAACAGAGGAAGAAGACAAAGAAAAUGGACCUAGCUUAGAGCAAGAAGUGGAAGAAGAAACUGCAGAAGUAAUGGACUUAAACAUGGAAUCUUAUAUUCCUGAUACAGUUAAAGAAUCAGGCCCACUUGCUGAUGAUACACCAGCUGUGCUUGAAGAUCAAGAUCAGUUGUUAGACGAUCACCUCGCAGGACAAGGGUUUGAAGAAUUAAAUCAGUUGGAUACUGGAGCUGUGGAAGCUGUUUCAAGUGCCACUGUGUCUCGACCACCAUCUACAAGACCAACCACUGGUAGAUCAAGGCCUCGUACUGGUUCAAGUAAACCAAAAAUUAAUGUUCCACCCAGUGAAUCUGGAACAAGCAUAGAAGAAGUUCAAAAAGAUCUGAGACCUCCCACAUCAUUUGGUUCAUCUUCUGACUUAACUGAUGGUCCUCCACCAACAGCAAGGUCUUCAUUAAGGUCUGCUCUUAAAUCAGCUCGCCCACCUAGUGCCAGGCCAGCACCACCAAAGGUUCGAAAUCGUGACAUUAUUCAGGGAGAAGAACAGAUGAGGUUGGCUAGUGCAAAACCUGUUGCUAAUGUGAUAGUUGACUCAGAAUCCAAGUCUGAUGAUGAAGACGAAGCAUUUGUGGUUGAGGAGGCAGGGCCAUCUGAGCCUGAACUAAAACCUGAACUUCUAGCACCUAAAGAGCCAACAGAAGAUGAACAACAAGGUAGUUUGGUGAAGCAACUUCUAGAAACUAAGAAAGAUCUUGAAGGGGGUAGUCAACAACUCGCAACACGCAGAGUAGAAAUAGAUAAAUCCCAGAUGAUUGACACAGUACACAGCAAGAAGGAAAAAGAAGUGAUGGCCAGAGAAGUAGAAAAAUUACGAGAGUUCAUACAAACUGUCAGCCGAAGUGCCAACCCUCUUGGGAAGAUGUUAGACUACCUGCAGGAGGAUGUGGAUGCCAUGCAGCAGGAACUAAAAAUGUGGCAAAAUGAAAAUCAAAAAAACCUUGUGGCUCUUCGAAGAGAACAAAGUAUCACAGAAACAGCUUUGGAACCUAUGCAAGCACAACUGGAGGAAGUAGAACAAGCUCUUCAAGAUCAGCUAGCCAGUAUUAGUACUCUGAAAGCUACUAUCUUGAGAAAUGAUGAACGCAUUAGUCGUAUGAUGGCAUCUGUUAAUCUACCCCAAAAAGUAUAAUAUGAGGACAGUUGACAAACCCUUUUUAACAUUCAAGAGUUUUAUGUUAAUAUAUAAAAGAUAUUGACCUAUAUAUGUUUAACUCCUUUAACACUGUAUGUGAAAAGAUCUUAGGUUGAGCUGACAGAGCACUUGUUCAGCUCAUUAACACAACAAAUUAACAUUUUCUAACAUCUAGUCAGAUUAGGGUGCAUAUCUAUCAAUUGUAGUGAGAUGCACAACUGUUUUCAUAACCAUUUUCUU